AUGACUGACGACGAUAUUACUGAAGAACAUUCAUUUGGAUCUUGCUUGCAACCGUUAGCAUUAACUGCUGGGAAUACAAUAUUUUCAUCAAAAACAACCAAACACAGAACACCUCCCUUUCCAGUCACAUCAAAUUACCAUCCAUCGCUGGACUCAUUAGCUCAAUCAUUCCUACACUUAGAUCCUAAAUUAAUUCAAUCAGAAGAAUAUGAUCCAUCCAACAAAUCAUUAUCAUAUAAAACGUUUUAUGAGAAUUGGUUACACUACUUUUAUCUCUUAGUUCAACAGAAUAAUUUACACAAUAGUAUAGAUUCGAUUGAAGAACUUCAAAAACAAAUUCAGAUUUACAAUAAUAAAUACAAAGUGUUUGUGACAACAGGUAACUCAAACAACGAAACUGACUGCAAUAACAAUAAUAAUAAUUUAUCAAAUACACACUUUCGAGCAAAUACGAGGGAUGAUCUAUUAACAGAUCAAAUUGGUGGCAGUUUGACUUCACAGGAUCAAUAUAAGUGUGAACAAAUUUCCAACCAACAAAAAACUAUUUCAUCACACAUAAAGAACAACUUACUUAUUAACAAUCAAUCGGUAGCAUAUGAUUUAGAUAGUGAAUGUGAAUCCGUGCUAUCAAAUUUAAAUCAAGACUUAGUCGAUUCAAAGACUGCUUCAAAUGAUCAAACAGAUAAUUCGUCUUUACGCACUUCAUCAAAAUCACAAAGAUUGAAAACAAUGAUACAAGAGAAGGAAGAUAGAAUUUCACUUAAUGAUGAUUUGGCGGAAAUAUAUGAAUUUGCACACUUGUUUAAAUUGCGUAGACUCAGUUUGGGUUUGACACAGACACAAGUUGGAGCUUCUUUAAAUGCCAAAGAAGGACCUGCUUAUAGUCAAAGUGCAAUCUGUCGAUUCGAGAAACUUGAUGUGACUUUAAAAUCCGCGAAACGAAUGAAACCUGUCUUAGAACGUUGGUUAUCUGAAACCCAGGCAAUGCAUCACAAUGGAGCAAAUGAUGCCUUUGGAGCUCAACUUGUACACCGACCACCUAGGAAGCGUAAACGUAGAACCUGUUUCAGUACUAAAGCACUAAAGUGUUUAUUGCACCAACUUGAGAGGAAUCCUUACCCAACAAAAGCUGAAAUGACUGAGUUAGCCAAAGCCUUGACUUAUGAUCGUGAAGUUAUUCGUGUCUGGUUUUGUAAUAGGCGCCAAGCCAUUAAAACCACUGAAAAGCAAACAACAUCUAUUCACCUUUAA